CGGCCGGCCGGUUACGCCAAAGAACCGGCCGCCGGUAGUAAGUAGUGUGUCUCCGCGGGUCUACGAAAUACGUGCGCCGCACAGGUGUUCGCGCUGCUACCAUAUAAUAUUAUACACGUAGAUACUGCACAUACGCAUAUUAUAACGAUACAUAGGUACUUAACGUAAAUAAUAUUAUCAAUAUUAUUAUCGAUUUUCCGUACGCAUUAUCGAUAUAUUACAGGCACCUCCGCAAGGUUUUUUUUUUUGUCUGGGUUCCGAUUUUCCGUCUCCGCUUCACUCGUCCGCACGAUCGAGACCAGCGUCCAGCGUGCGAUUCCGGGAUCGUUUCGAUUAAUCCCUUCAGCGCUCUCGCGACCGUCGUCGCUGCGGUAUCCGUGCGGUUGUCGUCUCAGCCGCAGCCCACACACGCGCCAGUAAUGUGCGACCGGCGACGUGCGAAAAAUCACUAAACGAAAAGCCGACACAUUGCAAAACGUGACACGAGGAAUAUGAUCGUUUUCGCGGGCCGGAAAAACGUUUGAUCGAUACGGGGGCACAGCAACCAGCUGCUUUAGCGUUUAUCGCCGCUUAUUCCUACCACCGGAUACGAUCUCUUCGACGUCAUAGUCGCCGUACUAUUCAUCCGGCUUGAAUCAGUGAUGCUAGAGAUGGGAGACAAGACCGCCGCCGCAUGGACCGCUUGGUGGAUCCUCACGUUUUCUUUGGUGCACAGCGCUGUGAGCGUUGGUGGUGGUGGAGGUGGUGGCGGCGCCAGUGACAUUUGGCCGCUGGAGCGACCCGAUGGCAUGCCGGUGAUUCAGUCGCUGGAGGUGAUGUGUGGCAAGGACCACAUGGACGUGCAUUUGCAGUUCACACAUCCGUUCGAAGGCAUCGUGUCGUCCAAGGGCCAGUACGCUGACCCGCGGUGCGUGUACGUGCCGCCGUCCACCGGAAAGACGUUCUUCACUUUCCGCAUAGCGUACGCGCGGUGUGGCACCAAGCCUGACCUCAACGGUCAGUUCUACGAGAACACUGUGGUCGUCCAGUACGAUAAGGACCUGCUGGAAGUGUGGGACGAGGCCAAACGGUUGCGGUGCGAGUGGUACAAUGAUUACGAAAAGACCGCGUCCAAACCACCCAUGGUCAUCGCCGACCUGGACGUUAUACAGUUGGACUUCAGAGGUGAUAACGUCGAUUGUUGGAUGGAAAUACAACACGGAAAAGGACCAUGGGCUCCACCAGUUAGCGGUAUAGUGCCUUUGGGUUCUACGUUAACGUUAGUGGUAGCCAUCAAUGAUUAUAGAGGAGAGUUUGACAUGAGAGUGAAAUCUUGCGCCGCGUCCGACGGGGGUGGGCACGUCAUUCAGCUGACGGACGACCAGGGGUGCGUGUUAAGACCAAAAAUGAUUAGUGGGUUCCUGAAAGCUCGGACUUCAGACGAACGAGCGUCUGUCAUCACGUACGCGUUCUUCCACGCCUUCAAGUUUCCAGAUGCGCUUAGCGUGCAUAUCCGGUGCAAGGUGGAGAUAUGCCGGCAUGGUUGCCUGGAUCACUGUCAGACAGACGAACGUACAUCGGCCGGACAUUUACUUCAGCAGCAGCAACAGCACCAGCUCCAAUAUGGACCGGUGGAUAGGAAGGACCAGCAGAACGAUCGGUUGGACUACGUCCAAACGGUCGUGGUCAACACGGACCAGCCCAGUGCUCAAGCGCAGAUGGCGGUGCACACUCCGUUCGAUACCACCAGUCACAAUAACAAGCCACAACCUGGUCAAAACAAGGAGACGUUGAAUCGGGACGGUUUUCCACACGGGCCACGGAACCUGGACGACGGUGUAGUCGCGCCGUCGGAAGGCAGCGACGAUGACAAACAGCUGCCAGCCGCGACGCCAGCGUCCUCCAAUAACGGGACAGCGGGUGAUCAGACGGCCGCGGGCUUCGCGCAACUGCAGAGGCGCCGGCGCCGGCGUUCCGUGAACGUGUCGGACGCUGGCAAUGCGGAUGUGGGUGUCAGCGGGUUGUACGACGUCAUAUCACAAUCGGACCUGGCGUUCACGCCGGACACCAAGACGGACAGCGAGGCAGUAACCAUAUUCCAGGGACGGAUCCGCGAGGACGUAGUGUACGGCAUAUGCAUGCCGGUGCACGGGUUCGGCGCGCUGUUCAUAAUGUUCGCGGGUUCAGCGAUCGUGUCCGUUGUGGUGGCCGGGUUCCAGUUGCACAAGUACCAGGUGAGGCGGGAGACGCAAAAGAUGAUGUCCGUCCAGGCGCACCAGCACAGCGUGGCUGCGGCCGCCGUAGCCGCCGGUGGAGGUUACAUACACAAUUCGCUUGCCGGCAUCGUAGCGCUGAACAAACUGAUAGCGUCCAAAACAGCCGCCGCCACCGCCGUCCAAACCAGACGAAACAGUUAAUCGACUACUAUUAAUAAUAAUAAUAUUAUAUACUGUCUAUAUAUAUACACAUUACUACUACGAUGACGACGACGAUCACGCUUUUCAUACAUAAAUAACGCGAUCGUUGUCAUUAUUAUUAUUAUCAAUUAUCAUCAUCAUCAGUAUCGUUGGUGCACAUUUAUUUACACGCAUUUAUAACGUUAUCGUGGCUGGAUUUAUGGAUAUGGGGGGGGGGGGGGGAUCCAUUGCAUAAAAGCACACAGAAUAUUAUAGUUAACAAUAUUUUUUUUCUUUUUACUUACACAUCACCUAACUGAAAAGAGAAAUACAUUUUCAUUUAUCUUUAUUCUGCAAUUUUUUCCGAUAUGAUUAUACUACUACACUAAUAUAAUAUUACCAGGGCCGUAUUUAGGGGUGGGGAAACCUCUGGGUUGUUUCCCCUGGUGCCUAAUUUAAGGGGGUGGACAUUUUUUUUUAAAAAUUAUUAUUGUUUUAAUCCUCUCAUGACUCCAUUCGCUUAGUUAUUUCCUACAGUUAAUAUUAUAAUAUUUUAUAUUUUGAUAUUUUUUUCCAUAAUUUAUUAUAAUACAUAAUAUUGACAUAAGCAUAAAUGCCUUAGCCGUAAACGAAAGUAAUCUAACGAUCACCAUUAAUUAUUAUAUUGUAAUUGAAGAAUUGUGUGUGUCACAAUUCUGGAAAAUUUAAAUUAUUUUAUUAUAAAUUUUUUUUUUUAAAACUGAUAGAUUCAUUUUUACCCGUUAAUUUGACGAAAAAUCCCUAAACACGGCCCUGAAUAUUAGUGUAUUCGUAACACUCUACAUCGUUUAUAGUGGCCUAACAUAAACAAAAAUACACAAUAUAUACCUAAGUAUAAUAUUAUAAUCUACCAUCAAAAAUUGACAUUAUACGUUAUACGUAUUAUAUUAUAAUUUAUAGUAAAUUUAGAUUCUUAAUAAAGCUUUCCAGGGCAGCCCACCACGACAAUAAUUUCAUCUUAGAACGUCAUAUUAUAUACCUACCACCACGUGCGAGCGUACAUAUAUACUAAAAUACUCCGACUUUUAUUGUGAUGUAAUAUAUUAUAGUUGAUGCUAAAAGCAAAUAUUUAAAAAUAUAUAUAUAUUUUUAAAUUGUACACGUUUAAAAAUAUUGUAGUAUUACAUAGGUAAUAUAACGAUGGACUAUUAUUAUUAUUAUUAUUUUCUCGUUUGAAUUAAGAAAAUAUUUUUUUAAUUGGUGCUAUAUUCUAAAUCAGCAAUGGAUAUUUAACUUGGAUACAACAUGCAUAAAUAUUUGUUAUUUAAAUAACUAUAUUAGCGGUUUGUUCAAGUACCUAAUUUAUACAUAGAUUACCGUUAUAUUUACUAAUCUGUGGAAAAAAAACUUAUUAGACAAUUCAUUAUUUUAUUCCCCUUUUAGAUCGUAUGACUUAGUUUAAUUAUGCUUUUGUAAAUAAAUAUCUGAAUACUGAAUGAUAGCAAUCAAAACUAGAUAAUUUUGUUAUUAUUUAAUAUAUUUUAAUAUUUAAUAGUUUAAUAUUGUGUAGUCAUGAAACUGGCCAGUUCUUCGUAAUAACGGUUGAAGUUUUAUUUACAAAUCUAGCAAAUUUUAUCAUCUAGUUAAACCAAAAUUUUUUGCGACUUAAAAAUUAAAUUCUUAAAGUUAGUUUAAGUUGUAGUUAUGACACUGCGUUUCUUACAGCUGAAACAUGUAGGUACAGCCAUGUAAACGAACAUCUUAUUUUAAAUGAAAACAUACUAUAGUCUAUACUCUAUAGUAUAAUAUUAAAAUAAUAUAUUGUAUAUUAUACUAUUUACAUCUGAUUUACAACACCCGUUGGCAUUUUUUACUUAAUAAUUAAGUUCUUGUAAAUAUUUUAUUAUUAUUGUGUAUUUAUUAUUUAUUAUGUUUAGCGUGAAAUUGUUUUGCUCAGCAUUUUGAUGAGGGGUGAACAGAAUGAAAAUGGAAUUUUCUUAAUUUUAAUGACAUUUGUAUAUUAUUAUCUGAAUUUAAUCUAAACUAAAUAAGUCUUAUAAUUUGUCAUACUAUUUUAAAUUUAUUUCAAUUAAAAAUAAAAAGUUCUUAAACAUACUUAUAUCAAAAAACUCAACUUUUACCUACCUAAUUAUAUACUAUACUUCUUAGAAGAAUAGUUCAAUUCUGGUAUCUAAACAAAAUAUGAAUAUUAUUGAGUUAUUCAAAAAAAUUAAAAGUUAUAAAAUAGGUAAUGCAACUAUAGUAAUUGUCUAAUCCAUUUUUACUCUGAGCCUCACAUAAUAUUGUAAUCUUAUAUUUUAUGGUAUAAUUUUUACUGCGUUAAUUUUUUUUUUAUAUAUUUAUAAAUAUUUUGUUAUUAUCAUAAAAUUAAUAACUGUAUUAUGUAAAUAAAUUUUAAACAAGUUUUAUAAUUUUAUUUUAUUUA